CGAAGAAUGCACCAUGACCAUCACCACAUCGACGACGUCGUGGUCUACAACAAUCACGACAAGAACCUGCAACGUUCAAUCAUGGCCCCAGGCCUGCCAUAACUACGUCUCGGUCGCCAAGCACUGGAUGAGGCAUGGUCACAACCCAGCACUGCACAGCGAUCACCUGCUGUGUCCAUGGGUGCGAGAAACUAGGGGAAGAUCCGCUCCUCUUACGUGGAACGACCAGCAUGAGCCCUGGAGGACGUGGCUCCCCUGACCUGGGGGCUCGAUGUGCCAACGAGACGAGUAUCCGUUCUACCGGUUCAUGGGUGCUCCGAAUCCUCCAACGCAAUACAUCAGGGUGUACGUGUUUCUUUUAGCAUUGACAGGGGACCUGACAGUGACGCUGAUGCUGAAUGACAGGAUACCAAUGAGCGAGAACGGCGGCGCAGGCCAGGCCCUUGCCAGGAACGUCUGCCCCAACACCGUAGCGCGGAGAACCACCGUCGAGACGACGUCGGGCGGCAGCCGCACGUGUUAUGUGUAUACCAAGACUAUCAUGACGCAGGUCGUCCUCAGCAUAGCACACUCGAGCUGGGACCCCGACUGGGAGGCCACCGCCAUCUGGGACGACCACCUGCGCCAGAACCCGUGCCUGCCUAGCCUUCAUCACUUCGACGACCCCGGUUUCGCCCUGCUCACCAACGAUCCUUGGUACCAGACAGGUUCCGGCACGACCAUGAAUUCCGCCCGAUACCAGGUUGCCCCUCCCCAUUCCGUGACCCAGGGACUGACGCCACUGCGCCGGGCGUUGGACGACGUGGAGAUCUACUUCUCCGACGAAGACGGCUUCGGCAUCGUCCAAGACCGCAACCAGUCGCGGCGAGCAACCCCGGAGGAGCUCCGGGAGCAUCUGGGCAUCUUGCCCUGCCUCUCGCCGGACUGCAUCGAGGAAAAGGCGGCCCUGGGCCUCGACGUGCACGGAAACCCGACGCUCGUGUCUCCGGAGGCCACGGCGACGGCGGUGGAUCCCCUGGUGGAGGAGAAAAGUCUCCCUGCUGUGACCGGCGGAGGCGUCCAAGAACCGAGCUUGUCAACGGCGACCUCGGCCCCGUAGGCUUGCAUUACCUGGGGCAGGCGGUAUAACGUUAGAGCAGUAGUUGUACUGUGGUAUCAACCCGUCUGUUUGAACUCUAUAGGUAGACAACCAAUAUAUAUAUAAAAGAGAAUGAAUUCAUGGCUUCGAU